AUGGCCAUCAAUGCUGGAGUAGAAAGAGGAGUACUCGAAAUAGAUAGUAAAGGAAAACUCAAGAAGAUCAAAGGACAAAACAAUGAAGACAUAAUACGAAGUAUAAUUGAAGAAAACAUGGACGUUAGGGGUGGUUACAAAAAGGAGUCCGUAUACGAUACUCUGGCGUGGCACUGUAUAGCAUUUCCAUAUGUGGCUGCUCUUUAUAUUCGUUGGUAUGCAAAAUGGAUUCUUAAAUACUGGAUAAAACGCGAAGAGUAUGAUGAGGAAGCAAAACUACAUUUAAUUCGAAAAAAUCUCGGCAUGAGUCAGAACCAAUUUAAUUGCAUGACUGAUGACGAGCACGAAGAUAUGCUAGCACGUGAACUCUGGAUACAAGAGAAUUUCAAGAAGUGGAAGGCUGAAAGGGAUGCUGAAGAACAAGAGAAACUUGUGCAAAGUGGCAGGUAUAAACGCUAUAAGCGGUUCAUGAAGAACAACGCUGGAACCAUAUCAUUCCUCGACGAAGACUGA